GCCCAAGCAACACAGUUACCAAGUUGCGCACACGCACGCAUCCACUUUCCUCUCUCUACUACAAUCACAGUCAUUGGUACCGCCGCCGCACAGCGUCGCCCGACCGGCUACCAGUCCAGUCCACACCCCCCCGUCUAUUGCAUCACGCCCGCAAGCGAACAUCCGUACCAAGUCAACCAGUUUGUCCAAAUCCGCCUCGCUCGCCGACUGUAUACUUCCCCGCGAUCUUCCGCGUCCACUUCACAAAUCGCCCACAAUGGCCGACGCGACGAACGCGAACGACGAGCUCUUCCCCAUCGCCGUGCUAAUCGACGAAUUGAAGCACGACGAGGUCGUCCUCCGAUUAAACGCCAUCCACCGUCUCUCGACUAUCGCCCUUGCUUUGGGUCCCGAGCGCACUCGCGAGGAGCUGAUUCCCUUUCUCGAUGAAUCGGUUGAAGAUGAAGAUGAGGUCCUCGUUGCCCUGAGUGAAGAGCUUGGUAACUUUGUCGAGUACGUGGGGGGCCCCGCAUGGGGACAUGUCCUUCUUUCCCCCCUUGAGAACCUCGCUGCUAUCGAGGAGCCCGUGGUGCGAGACAAGGCUGUCGAAUCAUUGAACAAGAUCUGCACUCAACUCUCUUCGCAGCAAGUUGAAGAAUACUUUAUCCCUCUUACGAUUCGCCUCUCCAAGGCCGACUGGUUUACGUCCAAGGUUUCCGCAUGCGGCCUGUAUACAACCCCCUACUCGAAAGUUUCGCCGCCUAUUCAAGAACAAUUGCGCCAGCAGUUUGGACAGCUCGUCCACGAUGAGACCCCCAUGGUGCGCCGUCAGGCCGCCACCAACAUGGCCAAGUUCGUGAAGGAGAUGCCGGCUGCCAUCGUUAUCGAGGAAAUGAUACCCAUGUUCCAACACCUCGCCCAGGACGACCAGGAUAGCGUCAGACUCCUUACAGUUGAGAUUUUGAUCUCCAUUGCGGAGGUUGUGCCCAAAGAGCAACAGGCCAGCCACACCGUGCUCCUCACAUCGCUACGCAGCUUGAUAGAGGACAAGAGUUGGAGGGUCCGCUAUAUGAUCGCCGACAGAUUUGAGAAGAUUGCGAAGGCGGUUGAUGAUGAGGUUGUGUCCAGAGAUCUUGUUCCUGCAUUCGUAAAACUCCUGAAAGAUAACGAGGCUGAGGUGCGGACUGCCAUCGCCGGCCAGAUCCCUGGCUUCUGUGCUUUGGUUGACCGCAACGUUCUCCUGAAUGACAUCAUGGGAAGUGUUGAGGAUCUCGUCUCGGAUAGCUCCCAGCAUGUCAGAGCUGCCCUUGGCACACAAAUCAGCGGCCUCGCUCCUAUCUUGGGCAAGCAAGAGACUAUUGAUCAUCUUCUGCCCAUGUUCCUUCAGAUGCUCAAGGACGAGUUCCCAGAGGUUCGCCUUCACAUCAUCAGCAAACUGGAGCUUGUGAACCAAGUUAUCGGCAUCGACCUCCUUUCUCAGUCUCUCCUUCCGGCCAUUGUACAGCUAGCCGAAGAUAAGCAGUGGCGUGUACGCUUGGCUAUUAUCGACUACAUCCCGCUUCUUGCCAGCCAGCUGGGCGUCAAGUUUUUCGACGAGAAGCUCAGCCAGCUUUGCAUGGGCUGGCUCGGAGAUACUGUUUUCUCCAUUCGUGAGGCCGCUACUCAAAACCUAAGGAAGCUGACCGAGGUGUUUGGUGUUGAAUGGGCAAGCGAGGCUAUUAUUCCCAAGGUUAUGGCUAUGGGUGCCCACCCCAACUACCUUUACCGGAUGACCACUUGCUUUGCUAUCACGACCCUGGCUACCGUUGUCAGUCUGGAUGUGAUUGCUAAGUCCAUCCUUCCGAUGCUGGAAAAGCUCACAGCCGAUUCGAUCCCCAAUAUUCGCUUUAACGUCGCAAAGACAUAUGGCAUCAUUAUCGGUGUUCUGCGUCGUCUGCCCGACGAGGGCACCAUCUAUACGCUAGAAAAGGAGGGCAAGCCUGCCACCCCGUCGCCCAAGGGUCAGGAGCUCAUCCAGCAGCGCAUCAUGUCGUGCUUGGAGAAGUUGCAAAAGGAUGAUGAUGUGGAUGUGCGGUACUUUGCGACGACUGCUGCGGCUCAAGCAACUGGUCCUCUUAUGGGAGCUGCCACUGAGGCAGGAAAUCCUGUUCCUAGCGGUGGGGAGCCCAUGAACACAUCUCCAUAGACAACGGAUUUUGAGACGGAAGAACAUAGGAAAGCAGAGAGUCCCACCUAAUGAAGAAAGUUUUUGUUACCACCAAUGAAUGAGCCGACAGAGCAGCGUUAGGACUAUGAUAAACAAAUGGCCAGUUUUUCUUCCUUAGACUUGUCGUAGUCACUCGGGCAUUGUACCAUCACCGUUGUUCAUACAUUACAGAUUCAGGAACAUGGUUUUGCA